GCGCUGAAAAGCAGUCAGUUAACUAAAGGAAUGUGCAGUAUAUUGACAUCAUUUGACGAACGUUUGAUGAAAUUAGAGCAGACAAUACUUCCGGUCUACCAUGAAACAGGGAAUUUACAAAGAAGACAAAAUAAUAUUGAAAAAACAAUGGAAUAUUUGGAUUAUUACAUCCAGUUUUAUAAUGUUGCAAGAGAAGUUGAACCAAUAAUAAGAGAUGGCCCUAGAGGAUGCUUAACAACAUAUUUAGAAGCUAUGGAAAAAUUAGUGAAAGCCAUUGAAUUUUUUAAAAAGAACAAUCCACAUAAGCGACAAUUGGAACAGCUGUUAGCUCUUUGUGAACAUGGUGGAUCCUCAUUAGAGAAAGAAUUUAGAAAUCUUUUAUAUUCUAAUAGCAAGACCAUGCCAACAAUUAUGAUUUUGGAUUUAUUAGGUUUAGAUGAUGAAAUAUUUCAAGGAUUGGAAAAACCAACUUUUGACCAAUUACCAGAAAAAGUAAUAGAAGAACUUAUUUUAAUUGCUAAUUGGUUACGUAAAUAUAGAAACGGUGAUUUUACUUCUGUAUAUGCAACAAUUCGAUCAAAAACACUUGUGCAAUCACUUAAGAAUUUAAAGGAACAUCUAAAAUCUUGUAGUGGAAACAGCAAUACUCUUCCAGCACAUAAUUCUCCUUUGUUGGGAGGUAGAAGAAAUGUAAGAGAAAAUGCAGUUCGAAGGACCUCUAGAAGAGGAAUUCAAAAUGUCUUUAUGAAGAAAGCAUCAGCAGCUUUUAUGAAAUAUUCUCCAGCUGUAGAAGGUACUGUUCUUGGUCAGAGAUUUCAAACUUCUCUUCUGCCUGAAACAAAAGAUGAUAUUAUUGAACAAGAAUUAGAAGGUUAUCUCACUUCAAUAUCAGCCUUAUGUAAAUUAAUGCAGAGUGAACUUCAGUUAAUGAAUAAAAUCAUCAUUCCUUCAGAGCAAGUAGCUGUUUUUGACAGAGUUGUGCAACAAGCUCUUGAUAAUGUGAUUUCAGAAGGAGAAGGACUUGCCACACGAGUUAGAAAAUGUGCUGCUCGGCACGAGUUUUCUACUGCACUUUCCUUAUUUCCUGUUUUGCGCCAUUUAAAUGCCAUUAAACCUGAAUUUGAUGGAAUUUUUCAGAAGGGUACAUCAGAAUUACGUUCUCGUCUUCAGGGCCUAACAACAACAUUACAAUUUACAAUAAACAAAGCUUUAGAAGAAUUUGUCGAUUGUAUUAAAAGUGAUCCUGACACAAAAAUGCCUAAAGAUGGUACAGUUCAUGAACUUACAAGCAAUGUUAUGAUUAUGCUGGAGCAAUUACAGGAUUAUAUGGAUAUGCUUGGGACUGUUCUUAAUAAUCAAGAUCUAGCUUCAUUUAAUGAUGAUGGAGAUAUAAAUAAGACUGCUUUAGCACGGUAUAUCAUGAGAGUAUUGUCAGCUCUGGGUUUAGCACUCCAGAGUAAAAGUGAGUCUUAUAAUGAUCCCUAUCUGAAGGCUAUUUUCCGUUUAAAUAAUCUUCAUUAUAUAUUAAAAGCAUUGCAAAGGACAAACUUAAUAGAAAUUGUUAGUAAAUGUAGUCCUGAUUUGGAAGAUUACUACAAUGAUCAAAUCUGUGAUCAAAAAAGAAUUUAUUCUCAAAGUUGGAGUAGAGUUCUUCAUUAUGUAUUGGAGAUUGAUAAACCAAUAUCAACUACUCUUACACAAGCUCCUACCUUGAAAUUAAAAGAUAAAGAUAGGCAGAAUAUCAAAGAUAAAUUUACAGGAUUUAAUAAAGAAAUGGAAGAAAUUUAUAGAAUUCAGAAAGCCUACGCUAUCCCAGAUGUAGAACUUCGAGAGAGUUUAAAACAUGACAACAAAGAAUUUAUACUUCCCAAGUAUCAAAUGUUUUAUGACAAAUAUGCAAGUUUCCACUUUACCAAAAAUCCAGAANCAGAUAUCUUUAAAUUAAAUGUCUAA